AUGCCCUCCUCAAGCAGUGGUCCGAUGUCGUUCCACACUCCGCUCAAGGAGCUCCAACCGGUGGACACUUCCCUCCCCGAGCACAUGAUCAAGGGCGCCGUCGUCAUCGACAAAGAGUUUUCCGCGUGGAAUCGGCGCGCCGUGCUCCCGUCCACCGUCCUCCACACCGUCUUCAUCACCAUAAACCGACUCGAGCAGAAGCAGGAGGACGUCGUGCGGAACGCCGCGCACGAAAUGCAUCUGCCGGAGGAGGAGAUGUACGGACUGAUGGCCGACGGACCGAAGCGGUUUAUCACGGACGAGAAUCUGAGUCAGCUGGAGAGCGGGUUCAUUCUGACGCUCUGCGCUUCGCCCGAUCAUUACGUGAAACGAAUCACCGAAAUUUUGACGGAGGGAAAUAAUAUUUCACAGAUGGAGAAUGCAGUCAAGACUCUCGAUGAGUUCUCGCUGGUUCGUCUCUUUUCUGCAAGACUUUUGAGCCAGUUUCUAUCCAAAAGGUUUUAUGGCCUGAACUUUGAUUCAGUUGCACUUUUCCAAUCGGACCAAGACUUUUGAAGUAUCGGGCCCACGUUUCCGACCGAUUGGAUUAUAAUUUGCGUAUUAAACGUCGGAAAAGCGGCUGUUUUCGUAAAAACUCGGGAUUUUCGACCUCCCAUCCACACUCCCAAGUAUUGAUGCAGAACAGGCGCAGGCGCCUAAAAUCGCCUGUUCUGCAUCCUUACUUCCAAGUCUAAGAAGCCCGCAAAUCUUGGUUCCGAUCAGAUUAUUGCAACAGUGUCAAAAGUUUAGGCUUCAUAAAUCCUAGGCCGGCCUUUGCCCAGCCCUGAUGAAAAUCGAGCAACGAUGGGCCCGAUUGAAUAAUUGAUCUUUAAAAAAAAUCACUCUCACUUCCAGGAUUCAGCUCUCAUCGAAGCCUUCUACCGCUGCUCCUCGCUCGAACUCCUCUUCAGUCUCAUCCGGGACGACCGCGUCUGCAUGAGCUCCACGCUUCUCUCCACGUGUCUUCGUGCUCUUUCCAGUAUGCUCGAGCUCGCCGUCGAAGAUGUCACUUGGAAAUCGGUGCCGCGCGACGUCGUUGUUUCCGUCGGUUCGCUGGUGACCGGACGGGCGAAAAGGGAAGAGGUGAACACGCUUCUGGCAGCACUGCAGAUGAUCGAGCAACUCGUUGUUGGGUGAGAAAGGGACUUCAGGCUUUGUGAUUGGACGGAUCCGUUUUCAGAGACGACACGACGCGGGACUGGAUUCUGGAGGAGGUUCCCAUUGAAACGCUCAUUCGGCACGUGGAGAAGUCUGAUGAACGAAUUGCCCUUUCCGCAUUGUCCCUUAUGAAUUCGAUGAUCAGAAGAUGUCCGGAAGACGAAAAGCGCUUCGAACUGAUCAAGGCUCUGGAGGUCGUUCCUUUCCGAAACGCCGUUCACAGCUCUUUGCUCCGUCUCGGCGCCGCCCGUGAUCCGAAGGCGCUGGAACAACUAGUUGAAGUGCAAAGAAGUCUGAUCAGUGCCUACGAUACUGCACCCCCAACUGACACGGAGAUUCAAAAGAUUCUGGACAUUGAGUCAUCGGAAGACGUGCCCGAAGAGACGAUCGAUACGUGGCGAACCCAAAUCGGAGAGCAUCGAUGCGGCCGUCUUGCCACGUUCGCGAUGGCCCAGUUCGCUGAAAAGAGCCCACAAGACCUUAGAAUGCUCAUCUCGGAGAACACGAUGCGCAUCGAAGGGGGCAAAUGGCAGCUGAUCCCGAUGUGUCUCCGGUGCUGUGACAUUGUUGCCGAGCUCUUCGGACUCAUUCCGGAACGCGAUGAGCUCGAGCGUCUCAUCGCGGUGCUUUUCUCCGCGGAAGCCCCGUUCGCGGCCGUCUUUGCCUGCACCGUCCAUCUUUUCCAUCGAACGUGGCGAGAAAUGCAGGCGAAGGGCGGAGAAAUGGAAAAAGUGGCGAAUGUUGUGUCGGAGCAGUUGAGGCAUGUGCUGAAACGGAAAGAGAUGCAAGACGUCGAGAUGCUCGCAGAAGAUCUUGAGACGUUCUCGUACAAGUCGAUGCAGGAGAUCUGGAGAGAAGAGCAGUUGGGCAAGGAGAACGAUCAGCUGCACAGCCAGGCGGUCAUCCAGCUGGCGGGAAAGCUCCGUCCUAAACUGGAAGAACUAGUGAGAAUCAAUCAUCUGAAUUACUUGAAGCACGGCGCCGUUUUUCGAAAACCAGCGAAAGGAAAGUCGCUGGCAAAGACGGCCUUCUGGCACUGGAAGCUCGAUUCAUCGGAGAAAAUGCUAACGAUCACAAUGUGCGACGGAGAGAAUUAUGUCGAAGGAGGGCAGAAGGAGGAGACGAGGCAAGUGUGGCUGAAGGAUGUUGCGGACGUGACGAACAACGACGAGAUCGAUCGGAAGGCCAGCUCAUCCCGAUUCGCAUCCUCGCCGUCCACGCUGAUGUUGAGAGGAGUCAGAGUUCAAUUGAAGGAAGGAGAAGUGCUGAUGGCGUUGACGGCGGACGAAGGACAGGCGGCCAUUUGGCAAGAGGGACUGUCCCAGCUCAUCGGCAAUCACGAGAUCCGCAGGUUAUAGGGAGAAGAGUUCAUAAAUAAAAUUGUUGGGUUUUUCAGUCAAACCCACGCGAUGGUCGAGAGAAUGCUCAAAAUGGAACUGCGAGUUCGUCUGCUCAACGUGAAGCUUUCCAACAGAGACGAACGCCCUGAGAUUCCACCGAUUCCUGCAGACUUUUCCAGCAUUAUCACCAAUUUCUGA